AUGGGUUUCCGCGCUCUUUUCCAGCGGAAGAAGUCCAAGAAAUCCGCCUCCUCCGACGACUCCCCCGCCGCGGUGGCCUCCUUCGCCGGAUCUCGCUCCCCGCCGCCGCCGAUGCUGAGGUGCUCGGUCGAGGAGCUGGAGCAAGUCUUCCGCAAGUUCGACGUCAACGGCGACGGCAAGAUAUCCGCCGCCGAGCUCGGCUCCAUCAUGUCCAGCCUCGGCCAGAACGCCAGCGAGGAGGAGCUCCAGAAAAUGAUCACCGAGUUCGACGCCGACGGCGACGGGUUCAUCGAUUUCAAGGAGUUCGUGGAGCUGAACACUCAGGGGGUCGGUUCCGAGGAGGCGAUGGUGAAUCUGAGGGACGCGUUCUCCGUCUACGACAUCGACGGCGACGGCUCGAUUACCGCGGAGGAGCUGCACAAGGUCAUGGGCAGCCUGGGCGAGGAUUGCUCCAUCGCCGAGUGCCGCAAGAUGAUCAGCGGCGUCGAUAAUGAUGGCGACGGGACGAUUGAUUUCGAAGAGUUUAAGAUGAUGAUGACGAUGGGAUCGAGAUGGGAUUCCACUGAAGAUCCCGGAGCUGUGAAGGCCUAG